UAAAAAUCGGCACUGAUGAGAUUGCACGUGUAGCGCAGGCUUUGAAACCUCGUUACCACUUUGCUGGGGGCGAGGGCGUUUUCUAUGAAAGAGCUCCUUACCGUAACACGCCACUUCUUAGCGCCUCUUCACACGUGACUAGAUUUUUGGGCUUAGCCGAGUUUUCUAACGCUGCCAAGCACAGAUAUAUUUAUGCCUUUAACGUUUUGCCGAUGAGUAAAAUGAAACUUUCAUUGUUGCUUGAACAGCCAAUUGGCACAACGGAAAAUCCGUUUGCACGAAAUACUUUUAAUGAAAGUAAUUCUUAUUUAACUCCCCAGAAAAGUUAUUUUUAUGCUGAACAAGAAAAUUUUCCCAAGAGAAAAAGCGGCGCAAUGACUCCGCCGGGAUACGUUUGCCGCCUUUGCAAAGUUCCCGGCCAUUUUAUACACGACUGCUCUCUUUAUGUUUGCAAACGCGUGCAGUACCAAAAAGAGCCGGAAGAGGACUGCUGGUUCUGUUUAAAGAGUCCCAACAUCGCUAAAAAUCUUAUUGUGCAUGUUGGCGAACAUUUUUAUUUGGCAUUGGCUAAAGGUCCGCUUGUGGAUGAGCAUUUGCUUAUUCUACCAAUCAGUCAUGUCUCCUGUUCCAUAGAAUUGACCAAUGAAGAAACAGAGGAGCUUAAAAGAUACAACUUUUGUAUAUAUAAUGCUGGCUAA